ACAAUAAAAAAACAUCGACCAUUGGUUUAGGCAUCGGAUAUGAUAGAAAUUGUGUACUCUUGUUUCUUCUUCCUAUAGCCAUUCGAUUAUUAACACUCAAACACACGACCCUUACCAAUAUCCAAAAGCCAUCACCCACCACCUCAUCCACCCUACAAAAAUGUCCACACACCUCUCUUCUCUCCAAUCGGUAACGACUAUAAUCUUCUUCAUUUUCCGACGACAUGUCAGCUUUCCACGUCAAAUUCCUGACACCCAACUCAUUUCUCAACCCGGUUACCGGUAUAAUAAGUUCCACUAGGCUCUAUGCAAACCCGUCCCAAACCGCGGUCCCAGCAGCGCCUGCUGCUCAGGCGCCAAAGGAGAUCGCGGCGGAACGACUAGAACCGAGAGUUGAAAAGAGAGAUGGGUAUUAUAUACUCAAGGAAAAGUUUAGGGAUGGUAUUAAUCCACAAGAGAAGGUUAAGGUUAAUGGUGAACCAAUGAAACUGUUCAUGGAAAAUGGGAUUGAAGAGCUUGCAAAGAUCCCAUUUGAAGAGCUUGAUAAGUCUAAGGAUAGUAAAGAUGAUGUUGAUGUUAGACUUAAAUGGCUUGGUUUGUUUCAUAGAAGGAAACAUCAAUAUGGUCGGUUUAUGAUGAGGUUGAAGCUUCCAAAUGGCGUAACAACUAGUGCACAAACCCGAUACUUAGCUAGUGUGAUAAAACAAUAUGGUGAGCAUGGUUGUGCUGAUAUUACCACACGCCAAAACUGGCAAAUUCGAGGUGUUACACUACCCGAUGCACCCGCAAUUAUAAAGGGUCUCAAGGAAGUUGGUUUAACAAGCAUCCAAAGUGGUAUGGACAAUGUUAGAAACGCGGUUGGAAACCCGCUUGCUGGAAUCGAUCCACACGAAAUUGUGGACACGAGGCCUUAUCUUGACGUGUUACAACAAUUCAUCACUUCAAAUUCACUAGGGAAUCCCGAAUUUACCAACUUGCCAAGGAAGUGGAAUGUGUGUGUGAUUGGUUCACAUGAUCUUUAUGAGCACCCGCAUAUCAACGAUCUAGCAUACAUGCCAGCCACGAAGAAUGGUCGAUUCGGGUUCAAUUUGUUGGUAGGGGGAUUCUUUAGCGCUAAGCGGUGCGCUGAGGCUAUACCUCUUGACGUGUGGGUCCCGGAAGAAGACGUAGUCCCGGUUUGUGGAGCGAUUCUCGAGGCUUUUCGUGAUCUUGGUUUUAGAGGGAAUAGGCAAAAGUGUAGAAUGAUGUGGUUGAUUGAUGAACUUGGUGUAGAAGUGUUUCGAUCAGAAGUGGUAAAGAGAAUGCCACAACAAGCAUUGGAAAGAGCAUCUUCUGAAGACCUUAUUGACCACAAAUGGGAAAGAAGGGAUUACUUUGGUGUGCACCCACAAAAACAAGAAGGCUUGAGCUUUGUGGGCAUUCACAUUCCUGUGGGCCGGCUCGAAGCCGAUGACAUGGACCAAUUGGCACGAUUAGCUGAUGCGUACGGCUCAGGAGAGCUUCGGUUAACCGUGGAACAAAACAUCAUAAUCCCAAACAUAAAAAACUCAAAAGUUGAGGCGUUGCUUGACGAGCCGCUUUUAAAAGAAAAGUUUUUACCCGAGCCACCUAUUUUGAUGAAAGGUUUAGUGGCAUGUACGGGCAACCAAUUUUGUGGGCAAGCGAUUAUUGAGACAAAAGCUCAAGCUUUGAAGGUUACAGAAGAAGUGGAAAGACUUGUUUCUGUAACCCGUUCAGUACGUAUGCACUGGACUGGCUGUCCCAACACGUGUGGGCAAGUACAAGUGGCGGAUAUAGGGUUCAUGGGAUGCAUGACUAAGGACGAAAACGGAAAGACUGUUGAAGGGGUUGAUGUUUACUUGGGGGGUAGAAUUGGUAGUGACUCACAUUUGGGAGAUAUUUAUAAGAAGGGCGUGCCAUGUAAGGACUUGGUGCCCUUCGUAGUGGAUAUAAUGAUUGAGAAAUUUGGUGCCGUUCGAAGAGAAAGAGAAGAGUGAAGAAUACUGGCUUGUAGGUCAAAAGUGUACAUCAUUCACUGAGGGACAAAAGUAGUAUCUUUAAUUUUUUCUAUAUAGUUGUGUAAUAAUAUGUAAAAGUUGGGAUUUAUGUUAGACAUAUAAGCUUCCCUAUUUGACUUUUGUAAUUUUAUUUUUCUUUCUCAUUAAAUUUUGGGUUCUGUUUUUAUGAA